AUGGGGCCGGGGUCGCCGAGGGCCGGAGCCGUGCACCCUUGCUCGCGCCGCCCUGAGCGCCCACUGUCCACCGUCCACCGUCCACCGUCCACCGUCCACCGUCCGUCCGCGCCGGCGGGAGGCGCCGAGGAAGUGAUGUGCGCGCGGCGCCGCCCCUCCAGCCGUGGCCGUGAUGUCACCGCCGCCCGCGCGCGGGGAGGGGGCGCGGACCAGCAGCGAGUCCCUCCUCCAUCUGCGCAGCGGCAGAAGCCAUCUGCAGGCCACGUGUACACCCAGCACGUCACAGGAACAUGCUGUGCCCCGCAGCCACGGGAAGGGCCCCUGGGGUUCCCCUGUGUGGCCCCAGGCCAGCUCUCUGGGACGGCCGACCACACGCAAACACACGGGUGGGAGCUGCUCCAUUGCAGCCUUGCCGCGCCAUGUCCUCAGUGUUGCAGUCGAGCUGGGCAGCGUGGGACUCCUGGCCAGGCUGAUGAGGCAGAGCCAGAUGGCUACCAUGGUGCUGCUGGAAGGGGGACCUGCCCGCGUAGGGAAGGCAGGCUCUGUCCACCUGCGGCCAAGGACCACUUCAUGGCUGCCCUGAGGUGGCCCAGGCCUUCCCAGCAGCCAAGCGCCCUGUGGGGAGCUCCCCACUUGACCUGGUCUGACUACAUCGAGGAGCUGGGUCCCCAGGGAAAGGCCUGUAGCCACCUGGUGUGGUCAGCUGGCGAGGGAGACAACGAUGGGGACAGCUCAGUGUCAUCCGGCCGUCUCUCUGGCUCCUCUGGGGGCCAUGGGUCCUGCACACCUCCCCACAGGCACUGGAAGGAGAGGCCCCCCCAGGUGCUGGGGCCCCGGCGGCAGCCCAGGGAGAGCAACCCACGGCUAGAGCAGCUGAGGGACAAGAUCCGGGCCCAGGUGUGGGGGCAGGCGAGCUGUGCUUCCCUUGGCACCUGGACACUCUCCAGCACCUCACACCUCUGCAAAAGCUCCACGCCAGCCCCCCGGAGGAAAGUUCGAAAACUGACGAACGCCCCUCCAGCCCCGGCCUACCCAGGCUUAGGCGUCCUGAGUGUCGCUGAGCGCAGAGUUGAAGACAAGGCCAUCCCUGGCCAGGAUCAGGAGCCCUCUGCGGUCUCCCAGAGCCAGGCCUCAGAUCCUUGGGAGAAAACCAGAAGGAUGAAAAGUAGUGCUUGCAAGAGAAAGAAGGCCGCCAAGGUGCCCACCCCUGGAAGAGCCACCAAAGACAGGGACUCUGAGUUGGUCGGUGUUUCCGCCUGGAGAAAAGGACAAGCCCUGGCAAGGGUGCUGCUCGGGCCCGCCCGCCGUCCCCAGGCUCCAGAGCAAGGCAGCCUCGGGAGACCCGGCCUGGCCACGAAACUAGGAGGCAGCAAGAAAGGUAGAGCUGCUGAGCACUCGCCUGUCUGCCCCCGGACGCCCAGCCCAGCCUCUGUCUGCAGUGACCCACAGGCAUCUGUCAACACGCCCAACCUGGCUUCCUGCGAUCCGCCAGUGACCCUGCAAAAUGCUAUGGCCAUCCUUCAAGACCUGCGCCAGCAGGUCCAGGUCGGGCUGGACUUGGCCCGAGACCGUGGUGCCAGGGCAGGGCCGGAGCUGGGGUCAUCAAGGCCGUGGCUGCGGGACCUGGCAGGGAGGAGGCAGCAGGGUCGCUGGAGCAACCCAGAUGUGCAGGGCUCCUUCUCGAAGAGUCCUUGGGCCACGAUGGAGGGGCAGCGCUCCUGCUUAGGGAGUGCUGGGAGUUUCCCCAGGGGACGGUGCUGGAGCACCUCAGCUGGGGGGGCCUCCUGUCCGCAGAGCGCCUGGGCGGCCCGGGGACGGGACCUCCCCUUCCCGAGGCCCUGCAGCCCCACCGCAAGCUCGGGCCCCUUCCCGCAGCGGCCCUGGAGCGCCUCGGCCCGGCAGGCCUUCCGUCCGCAGAGGACCUGGGCCACUUGUGAGGACUGGGAGGCCCCUGCCCAAGGACCACGGGGCCCUCUGGGGAGGCCAACCCCUCCCGCCCCCCGGCCCUGGAGCGCCUCCUUCCCGCAGAGGCCUGGUGCCCCGGCGUGCAAGGCCCGAGGCUCCCUCCUGCCGCCCUGGGGAGCGAAGCCCGCCUGGCCGAGGCCAGCCCGGAGCCCCCCUCGGGGCGCCCCUGGCAAGGAGAACGGGGUGCGGCCGCCGCCACCCUGCCCGCAGCCCCGGGGGCCCCUGGGCCGCCCCUACAGCUCCGAGUCCUUGCGGGAGUUCAUGCGCCAGAAGGCGCUGGCCCGGAGGCGGCAGGCCCUGCAGGAGAAGGCGUCGGCCGUGCGCGCCCUGGAGCUGAGGAACCAGAGGCUGCAGGAGGUCUACAGGAAACAGAGGGAGGCUGUCCUCGGCAAAGCCAUCCCUGUGGUGUCCCAGGCCACCCCUGGCAUCGUGACCUUUGUCCCGCACGCUGCACGGUCCAGGGCCCUGGAAGCCGCUGGGAGCCCAGGGUCGCCUGUGCUGGAGUGGAGCAAGGUGACAUCUGGCAUGGUGCUGGGCAACCAGGAGGUCCCGGGCAGCUUCUGCCUGUGUUUGAACAGAGCCCUGAACCACGCUGAGACUCCAGAGACGGGAGGCCCCCAAGACGGCUGGGAUGGUGCCCCCCUGCUGUCUGCCAGCUCUGCUCUGGGCCCCCUGAAGCUCCAGGACCUGACCACCCGCUACCUGCGCCCAGGGCUGUGCAUCUACCUGGACCCCGAGGAGGCCGAGCGCCUGGGCAUGCCGGGCCCCCUGCACUUCCAGUACAAGCAGGCCCGGCUGCAAGCCCUGGAGACCAUGGCCAACGUCCUGAGGCAGCGGAUCGACAUCCUGACCGCCAAGCUGCACGAGUCUGAGGCAGUGGACACUCUCGGGGAUCUGGUCUCAGACCUGCCACCCUCUUGCCCCAGCAGCAUGCCUGCUGCCCUCGCGCCUGCAGCCCUGGCCUGCCCUGGAGACUUGGUGCCCAGCGGGGGCAGAGGGGCACCCCAUGACUGGGUAGACGUGCCGGCCAAGCCACUUCGCUCUCCCUCCUGCUUCCCGGAUGAUGAAAUGCUGCCGUGGAGCCCCGGCUGGGAGUGGUGGCAGAGCGUGAGACCGAGGGGCCACCACGCCAGCAAGCCCCAAGGCUUCAUGGAGGACGGGCGUUUGGAGCUGGACAAGAGGCUGGCGAGGAGUGCGGCUUCCUUCCAGACCCUCGGCCCCUUCACGGGCAGCUCACGAGGGGUGCCAACCACACCGGACCCCACCUGCGGCUCCCUGCGGCUGGAGGAGAUGCCAUCGGCCAGAGGGGCGGGCUUGGUCAUGCCCUGGACCAUCCGGAGCUGUGGAGAGUGGGAGCCUGGCGGGCUGCGUUCCGGUCACCUUGCCGACAUCCAGCAGAAGUUCCUGCACUUUCUCGAGUCACUGAAGCUGGAGCAGCAGAAGCAGGAGCGGGCACUGGCCCUGCUGCGGCAGCGGGCGAAGCUGGAAGUCCAAGAGACGCAGAAGGCCCUGGAUGAGCUGCUCUUCAAACACCGGCUGCAGCUGCUGAUGGAGAAACACUCCACCCAGGCCCGGCUGGAAACGGCGUCAGAGCCUGAGCGGCCACGGGAGUCUGGGGACCCGGAGCUGACGACCCCUCGGAGCAGCAUGACAGCUAGACCCAGAUCACACCCCGCCCUGGGCGGAGACGACGCUGUGCCCUCCCGGGGCCCCGAGGAAGGGCGGGAGAGUCCCGCAGGCAAGUCAGCUUCUGCAGAGCUCAUGCAGGAAGGGAGGCCAGACCAAGCCACCACCCAGCUGACCCCCGCCAGGCUCUACCCUUGGGACAACUCCACCCACCAGAGGAGCCCGGAGGGGCCCCAGAGGACCACGCCCGGGGCCUUCAGCCGCUUCACACUCCAGAUGCUCCAGCAGAGCCUGCGGGAGGAGGAGCUGCGCGCGCAGCGCCACAUCAGGCAGCUGCGCCUGCGCCAGAAGGCGCUCGAGGCGAUGAGGGCCCAGCUGGACUGGCUGGAGCGUCAGCGAGGGUGGCUGGGCAGCAAAGGAAACGAUGCUGUGCUGGUGGCCUUGGCAGAGAAGCAGCAGCAGGCCCUCAGCACCCUUGAGCAGGAGCAGGAGAGCAAGUGGCCCCUGCAGCAUCAGAGGGACCUCCUCUCCGUGCAGAGGUCCGUGGCCAGCCUGCAGCAGGAGCUUCUGGCCCGGACCGGGCUGCCUCAGGGUUCCGGCCCCGAAGUCAAAGCUGCCUGGACAGAGGGCUCUGAGACAAGCCAGCAGCUGGAGGGGCCUGCAAAGGGCUCCUCAUGGCCCCCGACGCCACACAGGCCUGGCAGCCACCCCAGCCAUCCCGCCUGGAGAAGCCCCGAGAGCCCACAAGGCCCACACCUUCUCACUGAACAGCAGGAUGAGACACCCCCGCAGGCAACUUUGGCAGCCAACAGUCACCUACAGCCUCCGAGGCAGGUGUGGGGAGAGGACACACCUGAGGCCGGUGGCCGGCCUGAUGCCAGGGGCCUGCUGGCAGAGAUCCACAGCCCUAUGGGCCAAGAGCCUGGGGAGCAGCCUCCUGACCCUCGACCCGGCCUUCAGCGGGUGACCUCCCUGGACACCGGACUGCCCCUGGGCCCAGCCUCACCUACGCAUGCGGGCGAGGCAGAGGGAUAUGUCUCUGCAGCUCAGCUCCGGCUCCAGGAGGCGAGGGAGCCAUCCCCGGGAGACCCCCACACCAACCCCGGCCCCUCGUCAGCAGAGGAGAAGACCCGAGUUUUGACGGAAAGCCAUGCAUGGAGCUUCCAGGGCCAGAGCCACCCCUCCCUGGGUGGAGAGGGUCCCUGCGGCCCCAGGGAAGCCAGUCAGGUGGUUGAAGGCAGCACGAGCCAAGCGGGGUCGGACUUGGGCCUGGGUUUUGCUGGCAGCCCCAUGGGGGAGCCCCACGAAAUGGAAAGCUGGUCAGGGGAGCAGAGGAUAGAGACCUGUUGGCAGGAGGACCCCGGCGACCCCUUCUCCUGGCAGGAAGCUGCCCAGCUGACCACCUCUCCAGCUCCGGCAGCAGCUGAGGAUAUGAUGGCCCCUGCCCAGCACGAGGGCAGCCCCCUGCCCCGGCUCACCGCCCCCUCGGACCCGGGCUCCGAGUCCGAGUCUGCUCCCGGGACCUGCUCUGGGCCUUCAGCGCAUUCCCAUGCCUCGUCCUCUGUGAGCGACCUGUCCUGCCCCUCUCUCCAGGAGUUUCAGAAAGCCUCUGCCGUCCUGGUCCAGCUUUCCCAGAGCUCCGUCUCCCUGUCGGACUGGGAAGCCGGGGAUGCCCCAGAUGCAGACCUUGGCUGGUUUGGGGAGUUAUCUGAUGGAGACUCCUGGGGGCUCCACCAGGGGCAGCAGGUGACCUUGGAGAGGCCGGAGGGCAGCGAGGCUGGUUCCCUCUGCGGCUCCUCCCCUGUGUCGGGAGGCCCAGAGCCAGUGCCAGGCCUCCUGCGAGCGGGCUGGCGGCUGCCUCUCCCCAGUGCCCCCUCUCCCAGGUCGGGGUCAGAGCUCUCAGAGGCGUCCAGUGAGGUGUGGGACGAAGAGAACCUCCCAGAUCCUGGCACUGGUGCCCAGGCAGCCUCAGGGUGCUCUGCGCCCACAGGGGGCUCCUCUGACCUGGAAAGUGGCGAGGCACCUGAAGGGGCACUUCCUUCCUUGGGCCCUGGGGAGGGGCAGGAAGCUUCUGGAACCAGUGGGAGCCUGACCAGUGGAUCAAAUACAGAAACCAAAUGGACAUCCCCGAAGGCUGCCUACACGGCAUUUCCGUCCCAGACCUCUUCCUCCAGCGACUUAGACCCCUCCCUCUCCUUUCCCUUGGGGACCUUGGCAUCUGAAGGGGUGGAUUUCGGCAAAGGAGGAGAGAUGGGGCCUCCACAGGCCUCGGCUGGCUGCCCAGAGGGGCCCCCGGAUGCUGACCUGAGUUCGUCCACCGGCAGGAAACCCCAACAGGCCUCACCUGAGCCUGAGGUCCCCGUGAGCCCACAGGCUCCUCCUGGGAACCCCGGUGGACCAGCAGCCUCGGCAGCUAAGAGCCGGGUGCCUGGGCGUGGGGGGAGUGGAGCACCCCCUGUCCUGGAGGAAGCCCACCCCCUCCUGGCCAGCCGUGUCUUGCCUGAGAUCCUGUCCCCUGUUGACGAGGUGCUGUCCUACGGCAGUGCCAACCUGUCGUCCUCCACCCACUGGGACUCGCAUCUCCCUCCUCCACCUCCCAUCUUCCUAGCAGAGAGUGAGGCCGACACUGCCAGCCUCCACUCAGAAGACUUCCCUUCGCCGCCCGAAGACGCCAUGUGUUCAGGGGGCUCGCUGGGCACCCCCGGGGAGGACGCUUCCAUCCACACUGGCGAGCUGCCCUCCUUGCCUGAGGAAGGCCUGCCUGAUGCACUGCCCCCGGGGCCCCAGGAGUCAGGGCUCUGACUGGGGGCGGCUGGACAGGGCAGAAGCCUUGGAGAUGAACUGGGUGACUCAAGCUCUGUUGCGGGGGACCAGGCUGUGGGCGGCCAGUGGCCUGAGCUGGUCAGCUGGCCAGGGUCCCCCUUGUGCGGGGAGAUAGGCGAUGCCCCAGUGGGGCUCCCAAGGCUGUCGGCGCAGCCCUCAACCCUGUCCAGAGUGGCCUGGAUGGCCAGAGAGGGGCUGCCAAUGCUGUUGGCGGCAGGUGACACAGGGCUGUCUGGCGCUGGGCGGGGGGAUCCAGCUCCUGCUUUGGGCACGGGCCGGAGAUACACAGAUCGCCCAGGCCUGGAGAGAGCCGAGGUGGUGGAUUUGGUCUCCACCCAGCUCACCAGAAGGAUCCUGUGCGAUACACUAGCUGUGCUGUCAGAGCUGGCCCCGCCGGGCAGCCCACUGACAGAGGAGCUGGCGGGUGCCAGCCGUGUCCCUGAGGCUCACACAGCAGCCACUGGGCAGUCUUAGGGAAGAGGGGACUUCUGAAAAGAUGGGGGAGGGCCUACAGUGAUGCACGGAUACCUGUGAUGUGGCUGUCUGAUUGUGAGUACAGGAGGCUUCUGGAAGUCUGGACUCUCCCAGGGCGGAGCUGCCAUGCAGAGUAGCCACCCCGCGGCUGGCCAUGCGGAUGGUCAUCUGACACAGGGCCAAAGACGGGACGGUGACUCCUUGAUGUCACUGCACAUUGGCUCUUUCUGCGUUUCUCGGGACGUUGAGUCCAUGCUUCUAUCAGGCUCCUGAAGAGGCCCCUGACCUGAAGAGAUUGAGGCAGGAAGGUAGAGGGUUGUGUGGGGCAUGUCCGGAGGCCGGCUGGAAAAGGUGUGGAGGUCGUGGACUUGAAGGAGAACAGUCCAGAGGAGCCAGGAGGAGGAGUGGCUCCCGAGGACAAACUUGGCCCCUAGCCAUGGAGACCACGUACCAGGACAGGCGCCAUCAGCAAAGGCCAAGAGCGGAAGAAAGAGCGGCUGUGGGGAGAUGCGGAAGCAAGGGGCUGAGGUGGGCUGGGGGUUGCAUCCACACUGACCACUGACGCCCACCUCUCAGCUUUCAUCAGGAGAUCGUUCAUGGAGGUAUCUGCCACUUCUGACUUCUCAGGGCCGAGGGCCUGGAGGCCUUCCCUGUGUCCAGCCCCCCACUUGUGGCUGAGUGAUGGGUGUGUGUGCUUGAGCUGUAGAUUAGAGGAAGUGGCAACUCAAGGCCAAAGGUGACUUCACCUGUGGCCAGCCCACCUUCAGGCCUGUCCUCUGUGGGUAGGUGGGCCAAGGCCUCCCAGAAUGUGCUCAGGACUCCUGGAGGGAACAGCCCAUGUCCUGGUGGGCUGUCCUUUAUUGAAUGAGCCCCGUGACAGUGUGGACCCAGUGGUUUUGAUUUUUAUUUUUUUGAGGAAGAUUAGCCCUGAGUUAACAUUCACCUCCCAUCCUCCUCUUUUUGCUGAGGAAGACUGGCCCUGACCUAACAUCCGUGCCAUCUUCCUCUACUUUAUAUAUGGGCGGCCGAAGCGGAGCACGUGAACUUAACUGCUGCGACAUCAGGCCAGCCCCUCGACCCAGUGGUUUUCAGAGGCAUGGGUGGGUGGGCUCUUGAGGUGAUAUGUUUCUGCAGGGAAGUCCUGGGGACCCCACAGGCCCUCCAGGAUUCCCUCUUCCCCAGAGUGUCUGCUUUUCUCAGCGCCACUGCUCAGGCGAGAGUCCAGGAAAUUAAUGUUGACUCAAGCAUAAAGAGGGUUUCCUGUGGGGAAAGCAGUCGGACGAUGAACCGUGAGAAGGAAACGAGACCUGCCAGCGUGCAGGCCCUUGGGGACAGGGUCUCAGCAGGCUAGAGGAGGGUGCCCUGGGGCCGGCGCAGUAGAACGGCCUGGGUGCACGCAUAAGGAUGAAGGCAGCCGACCUUCAUGGGCCUGAAGGACAGGCCACCACAGCAGUGACCUCAACCCAUAGGAGCCAGCACUGAAAGGCACUGAUGGGCUCUGACGGUCCCUGCAGCCCACUCUCCCCCAGGGCCCUGCUGCAGCCGUAGCCACUGUCCUGGUGGGUACCUGGGCGGACACCAGUGCCCACCUUUGGCCAACGGCAGAGCCUCGAGUCCUGUCUGCAGGUCCCCGGGGCUUUGUCUUGGGGCCACAGUGGAGGCCUGAGCUAUGUCUGCCCCAGUAUGAUCAGAACACCAGAGAGUGUGUGUUCAUGAGAACCCUGGUGAGCUCGGGCUCAGAGGAAUUCACGAGAAGCUGUCGUAACACUCUUCUCAUCGCGCCUUGCUUUGCACAGCACAGUGUCCUGUGAGGAGUGUUUCAUCUCAAUAUUUCCAAUAUUUUUGUCCUGAAUCGUAUCAUCUGUGCACUUGGGGAAGUGGCUUUUAAAUGAGCCAAGCAGUCAGUUUUGUAAAGGGAAGCAGCUUUCAAAUCUAACUUCUAACAUGGUCAGCAUUUCUGGAGAUGGGCUCGCUUACACCGUGAUUGGGCCUCUCACAAGUGACUGUCCGUGUCCGGCCGCAGCCUCUCCCUACUGUCUGUCAUCUGUAUCAUCUAUUAGUUAUCAUCUACCCAUCUAUUAAACAUCUGUCUAUAUCAUCUAUCAUCAUCCACCUAUCAUCUAUCUAUCCAUCCAUUUCUCUCUCUAUAAUCUAUCAAUCAUCUACCAUAUAUCUAUCCAUCCAUCUUGUUCCAAUUCCUUUCUUGAAUUGGAAAAUCCCUACUUGAUGGGGAGUUCAGAAUCAACCAAGCAGCUGGUUGGCCUCAGAAACAUCUGUGUCCUGGUGCUGAUCCCUCCAGGACUUGCUUCUCCCAUCCAGGGCCUCAGGCUCCCCAGCUUAAAGAGGGGAGCUUGUUCACUUAACCGCAAUGAUGGCCCUUUGGGGAGACAGACUCCCAUGCACCUGUGGUUUACAGCGGGUGAUGUCUCCCAAGCUGGCCUGGCAAAGGCCCAAGGUGCUGCCUGUGCCCUCUACCCUGUAGCUCUAGUGCAGGACCCCUCAGGCCCCUUAGAACACUGCAGGGCCCCCUGCACGGAGGUGGGAGCCCCCUCCAGACAGCCCUUCAUCAGGCCCCAGCCCCUACGGCAGCCACUCAGGUCCAGGUGGACCAGCUUGCCAGGCUGAACUUGGUCACGUGCUGGCUUAUCUUGGAUGGGUUUCAUGGUUCAGGGAAGCACCAGCUAAGAUAAUUCACCCGCCAUUCCCAAGCCCGCCUUUAGUGCAGAAGAGGUUUGGAUCUGUGGGGGAGAAUGUGUUCAUCCUCUGUGCACAUAAUUUCAAGACAAAUUUUGAGCUACAGUUUUCUUAUUGAUUCCUUUCUAGUUUUCUGAACAAAUUAGUCUGUAAUUUUUUAUUUUUUUCUAUUUAUUGCUGACCCUUUUGGAUUUAUGAGGCCGAGUGAGAGGAAUUAUGUAUUUUACACGCACAGGUUUGGCACAGUAAUAAAUCUCCCACCUCGAAACCCUGCGGGUUUGCCUCCGAUUCAAUAGUCUUCCAUCUGGUGCUGUGGGCUGGGUGCUGAUGGCUCAGCAUGAUGCUGUGGCUGCUCUCACAGCCGGAAUGAGGGCCCCCCGAAAUGACCUUCCCCAGAUGCCCGGCAGGCACGUGGGGUUGCCGGAAUCAUUUUCCGGCCUGUGGCCCGGCGCCCGUGAAAGGAGGCUGGUGGACGAGAACUAAUGAAAAUCCUGGCCACACCUUCUGAUGACAGCUGGAUCCAAGCGAGGCUGAGGUUGUAAGAUGACCUGCUGGAGGAGAAGAAGCACGUCCACCGAAGGUGUCAGACUCGUUUAAUCGCAGCCGCCGUUCGUGUGCAGAGCCGAGGGCUGCAGCGUUCAGAUACGUUCACCCGGGGCCAGACUUCAGUAUCAAGAUGACGCCCUCCCAGGUCUCAGCACAUUUGCCUCAGCUCCAAUCCCUAGUAACCUCUGGGGCCAAUAAAUCUUGACACCA